UGUUGUCCAGCGCAGGUAUAUGUAGUGAGCACGGAGGGGCCGGCAGCGAGGAGAACGCUACUAGACUCUAGCCGACGACGCUCCCUAGACCAUCGCCCACUAUGAGAACGAGCAUCGAACGCCUCCACUACGCGGCCGCUUGAAUGAGACAUGCCGGGGCAAUAGCACGAAUGAGCGGAUUCCUCGACACGUCCAUGCCGUCGUAGCGCUUGCGCCGACUACAGAACGAGAUGCUGCUCGUCCACCAGGCCGGCAGCGUCAAGAUUGGCGAGGUGGUGCGGUACACACUCACUUACACCCCCGGCAACGAUCGCAUCCUCCCCACGCCGAAGCAUCUGCACCUCAAGGUCAAGAACACGUCUGCCAUCCCCUUACGCGCCGCGUGGGUCCAUGGCCCGUAUGCUCUGCAUGUCUCGGCAUAUCCUGCCACGUUCAACCCGCACUGCAAGGUCGAGAAUCCCAAGAAGGAUGGCGUGCCCGAGUACGAGCCGAUGGUGAAAGCAGGAGGAAGUUGGUCGACGAAGUUAGUCGUGCCAGAUGAGAUCCGAGAGACCGGUGCCGAUUUAGGGAGAAGGAGAAGCUACCAGCAAGGGCAAGAGUACAGUGACAAGGAGAAGGGCAAGGUGACAUGGAUCAUCGAGAUUGCUUCCCAAAUAUUGUUCUCGAACUCUGCUUCGGUAGGCUUCGAAGUACUGGUCGGGCGGGACGAAAGAAGCCUGGAGUUGGGCUUCGCCGCGGUAGCAGCAGCUGGCCACGGAGCACCCGCAAAUAUCAAAGAGUUGCAAGGCGAGAAGGAGAGGAAGGAGGCUCGACGAAGAAACAACGUGCAGUACGAAGGCGUCUACUCCAAGGCUGUGAGAUUGGUCGUGGAAGACACGGAGACGCUCUGGGAUAAGCCGCAGUUGCCAUCAUGGGAUAACGACGACGAUAAGGAGAAGAAGAAGCGCAAGUCGCUCAACAUAAGGCGCAAGAGUGAGGAUGUGGGUAUCAAGGAGGCAAAGGAUGACAAGCCCAAGAAGAGACGGAAAGUGCAUUUGGUCAUUCUCACACAUGGUCUGCACAGCAAUCUUGGCGCGGAUAUGUUGUUCAUGAAGGAGAGCAUCGAUGCCACUGUUGCCCAGGCGCGAGCAGACGCGAAGAAGCGGAAAGAAGAACAGCGCAAGAAGACAGAUACUUCAGGAGCAGAUAAAGUCAAGUCGCAACAGGACGGCGAUGAUACAGCAACAGCACCCUUGACUGGCGGCCAGGACGAAUUUAACAAUGCACCAGAAGACUUAGAGGAUGACGACGAUGAAGAAGAGACAAUCGUGAGAGGCUUCAACGGCAAUGCCGUCCGCACAGAGAAUGGAAUACAGUACUUGGGCAAGCGGUUGGCCAAGUACAUUCUGCGCUUCACCUAUCCCGAUCAGCCAUUCCUGCCGAUUCACAGAAAUUUAACUCGCAAGUUCACAGACACUUUCACAAGUGAAGCAGAAAGAGCGAAACGAGAUGGAAAGCCAGCGCAUCAAGGCAGCAGCGUUGCCACACCGAGAGAUGCGAAGAGAGCAGAGGAUCUGCCUUACACGUUCACCAGCAUAUCGUUCAUCGGCCACAGCCUUGGCGGCCUCAUCCAGACCUAUGCAGUUGCAUACAUUCACAAGCACAGUCCGACCUUCUUCCAACAGAUCAAGCCGGUCAAUUUUGUUUGCCUUGCUUCUCCAAUGCUGGGUUUGAGCAACGAGAACCCAAUGUAUGUCAAGUUUGCGCUGGACUUUGGCUUGGUAGGGCGCACAGGACAGGAUCUUGGGUUGACCUGGCGAGCUCCUACAAUAGCGAACAAAGGCUGGAAUGCCAUGGGUAGCAUUUUCAUGAACAAUAACACGCAAAAGGGCAAGGAGGAUGCACAAGCUGAUGCCGCCGCGAAACCUUUGCUGAGAGUAUUGCCCACUGGCCCGGCGCACCAAGUGUUGAAAAUGUUCCGCAAUCGAACAGUCUACUCGAACGUCGUCAACGAUGGCAUUGUUCCGUUGCGCACCAGCUGCUUGUUGUUUCUCGAUUGGAGAGGCUUGGGCAAGGUCGAGAAGGCACGUCGCGAGAACGGCCUGAUCGGCACAGUGGCAGAAUGGGGCUGGGCUGAAUUGACUGGAGCCAACUCCACGGCACUCGUACCGAAUGGGCAAGCUGAGAGGUCCUGGGAGUCGGAAGACGACAGCUCGCCAGUAAGGGCUGGCCAAGGAGAUGCCGUUCCGCAGCCUGCUGAAAACGAGACCACGGAGGACAGCAAAACAUUGACAAAUCGCCUCAGCUUCAACGAAGAAGACGGCAAUAAAAAGACUUCAAAAGCUGGGCAGUCAGUCACCCCUCCUGCUGCAUCAGAAAACAAAGGCGUGCUAUCAACCAUGAUGAGCUGGUUUGGUGCGAAUACUACAUCACCAAAACCGCCACCCCAGACCAAAAAGACCAGCAAGAUCUUGCGAAGAGGCCAGACGAUGAACUUGUCUGCGGACCCCAGCAGCGAAGACGUAUCACAGGAGCCGGCAGCAACGACCACGAACCCAACUAUACGCCCACAUCUGCACAGCACGUCGUCACAUCAGAAGCGACCUGUCGCCACCAGAGGGGACAGCAUAACGAAUCCAGAAACAGGCGAAGUUGUGGCGCCGCCCAAGACAUCCAUCUUCGAAUCCGCGGGCGACAUCCUGAGCCCACCUCUGCCGACCAGACAGUGGAUCUGUGACCCCAGCGUCCGGGCUCGCACAAUCUUCCACGAUCGAGUGUACCACCCAGAGGACAUCCCGCCGCCUCCAACGAAGAAGACGAGCAGAACGCACAGUCGUCAGUCCAGUGUGAGUGCUCGGGACGGCACACUCAGUUCUUCAACCCUUUCCAUGACAUCGAAUGAUACUACCACGACCACUCAGUCCAAUGCUUCUACUACUACCCUUACAAAUGGAAGCACCGACACCUCUGGCAUGAAGGUUGAGGAGAAGAUUGCCCGCGCUUAUCAUCGCGAUCUUUCGUGGCGCAAAGUGCUCGUCCGUCUCGAGCCAGACGCGCACAACAACAUAAUCGUGCGCCGGAUGUUCGCGAAUGCUUACGGCUGGCCUGUAGUCAAGCACUUGUGUGACACUCACUUCGCUGAUACAUACGCUGCCCGAACUCGCGACGAAGACGAGCCUGCCCGCGAACGUGCCAAACCCGCCAAUGCGCCAAUCAGCAGUGAACACGGCGAGCAGGUCAUGGAACAGACCAGCAAGCCGGACGAAGUAAGACCACGCACGAAGAGCGAAACACGAGAAGCCCGCGAUGAGCUCGCCGCUCUGGCCGUUCCGCAGACGGGCGUCGAUAGAUCGAACUCCGCGAAGCGCAAGUCCGCUUCCUACUCUUCCGUUGGCAGCGACGGUUCCUCCGGUCGAAGAGAAAGCGCCGUCUGGGACGAUGCCCUCUUCGAGACCUCCGACGGCGAAGACAGCGACGCAGUCGACGAACGCAACCUCGUAGCCAAAAUUCUCAACCCCAACUACGUGCCCAAAAAGCCCGCACCCGCACAUCAUGGCUCUUCCUCUUCUUCACAGACACCAAAGCAGUCAACACGAUCUCCUCCACCAGAACCGAUCCAGACAUACACAGAUGGCCACCGAGGUCUAGCACCGUACUCGCCAAGCUCGCCGACGAGUCCAAGAUUCCAAUCUGCGUCGGAAGUGAAAUCUGCUAGUCCUAAGAACGCAACUGCGAAACCUACGUUCAAUACUGCGGACCUAGAGACGCCGACGGUUUUCUCGAAUCGAGCCAUGGUCGAAGAGCCUACGCCGAUUAGUCCGACAAGUCCUACGACUGCUGCGUACGGCAAUGUGGGGCUGGGAAAGAGCGUCGAAGAACAGAUCACUUUUUCUCCUGUGGCCACGCCGAAAGGCGAAGCCGCUGCGGAUGGCAAAGGUAGCAGCAGUGGACAGACGUUGGAGAACGAGAGGGAUAGGAAACCGAGCGUAGACUGAUCCAUUGGUUGCUGCGACAGCUUCAAAGCUUUGGUGUCGCGUUUGUAUUAUUGUAUUAUUAGGUUUUAUAUGUUCUGUUCUUCAUUUGCGUCUGAUGUUCGCCGUGCAUUGUUGUAGCACAAGGUUCGAUAGACUGAGAUACCCGUGGUAGAUACCGCAACGUAUGCAUAAAUCACAUACAAGGCAUCGCUGUCGACACAUCCUGACAUGUUGUCCUGUUCUGCCAAGCAUGCAUGGCGACAGCCUGUAGGUACCAUCGUACUCUUUCUUGGCCUCAGUUGCUCGCUGCGCAUUUGCCCAGAAGAGCCAUCGCUCGUAUCGUGCGGCGGAUACGAUCUGAGACUUCAUCCCCACUCUAUUCCUGAUCGCGAGCCCUCUGACAAAUUGUACCGUUUUCCAAUAAAGGAAGUAUCUUGCUCACUUGAGCAAGGACAUCGUUGAUCCGGUGCGUUGCGGUCGCCAAGGGAGCGCAUCGUGCAUCUCGCAUCGUGCACGCAAGUUGAAAGGCGCCGUUUCUUCCGUCUCUCACUGACUACAAGAUUCAUGAGGAGAUUGCAAAGCCAACUUCCCUCCUUUGCAUGCAGCAAAUGAGUUGGGCUGUACCGGGCAACAGGCUCAUUCUGGACCUCGAGCUCCAGGGGAGAGGAGAAACAUCGAAGUUAGGGCCUCGGCAGGCUCGCUUGUCAGUUGCGACAUUUUC